UUUUCUAUUUUCUUUCUUUUCUUUUCUCACUUUGUUCUCUGUAAUCUCUUCCUCUCCUUUCGUCUGUGAAUCCCCCAGUAAGGUUAGUAUCAUCAUCUUCCACCAGAAAAAAUCGAUAUCUCGAAAGAUCGUCUCCGUCAUGGAUCCUCCGCAGCGCUCAUCCACCACCUCAGGAUCGGUCUGAACCUAUCUCUCGUUAUUUCUCGUCGUACAUGAUGUAUGUGGCCCUCCCUCUCUUUGCACUCGGCACCAAGCUCUAUUUCAUUUUCUAAGGGGCAAUAAAGAUAAACUCUUUGAAGUUAGUAGCAGCACCAGCUACAUAAGAGGAUGGGAGCAUCAGAGGCUCUAACUGAUCCAUCGAGCCUAGACGACACGUAUACGAUGCUUGCCGUGAGAAAUGCACCUGCAUCUGUCCAGAAUAGAGAGUUCAGUGACAAGGCUAAGGUUUGGGACUCGGAGAAGAUCUUUGUUAUACCAGACCAUCACAUAUUUACAGCUGAUAAGCGUGCAAACCGCAACGUGGACAUUAUGAGGGAUUACUGCAGGGAACAGAACAUUGUUGUUAUCAAGGCUAAUCCUGACUACAAAGGUGUUUGCCAUGUUGCGCUUGCACAAGAAGGUCAUUGCAGGCCAGGAGAGGUUUUGUUAAGAACAGACUCACACGCAUGUACUGCUGGAGCAUUUGGUCAGUUUGCGGGAAACGCUGAUGCAGGCUUUGUGUUAGGCACUGGACAAAUCCUUUUCAGGGUUUGUUAAGAAAAGUUAAAUUUUUUUUUUAAGAAAUCCAAAUUAAGAAACUACCAGUGUAGCUCAAAAAUUAAGUGAUUCUUAACUAAAGUCUUUAGUUAAAAUUUAUUAGUUAAAUAA